AUGGGAGACCAGUGCACCCUCCGCUUGAUGCGGGAACUCCGACUCUUGCAGAAUGGCGACUCUCUUGCCAUGACGGUGCACUACAAUGAGCGCGACAUCUGCGACAUCUGGGCUUUAAUGAUUGGCUCACCUGGCACCCCCUACGCCUAUGGUUUCUACCAAUUUGCGAUCAAAAUCCCUCCCGAAUACCCCGCCAAGCCACCCAAAGUCGCCAUCAAGACCACAAAUCGUGGCCAGACUCGAUUCGGCCCGAAUCUUUAUUCCUGCGGAAAGGUUUGCCUGUCUAUUCUUGGAACAUGGCAAGGAAAAUCUGGCGAGCAAUGGUCACCUGCACAAGGAUUGGAAUCAGCGUUGCUGUCGAUCCAGAGCCUGCUCUCCAUAGAUCCUUACUAUAAUGAGCCAGGAUUCGAAAAGUCUAAUUCUAGGUCCGAAGAAAAAGAGGUCCAGGAUUACAAUUCAAAGAUCUGCCACGAAAAUUUACGACUCACAGUAAUCGAACCUCUGGAAAAGAUACUGCACCUGACUGAACAAUUCGGGCCAGAAGCGAGCUCAUCGUCUGGCUCGUGGCACCAAGGAGUCGUCGAUGACUAUAUGAAGCAGCGAUUUCUUUGGUACCUGGAGCAGUACAAGCAAACCAUCGAAGAACAAAGUCAAGACAUUUCAAUCAAGAAGCGAGACAAGGGGGAUUUCCCUUAG